UAAAUUUAUCACUAAAGGAGUUUGGUAAUAAACUACAGAAGUGUUAGGUGGCUGUACAAACGAAAGCAUAGGUUAAAAAAAGUAACAUGGUAAAAGCAGGAAAUGGGAAAGCCUCGUUUUACUGACAGCUAAGUGUGGGUUGUCCCAAAGUAUCCUGGCAACCAUACAACCAAGCAAACCACUUGCUUGAAGAAUUUAAGAGUAGUAAGACUUGACAAUAGAGAAAACAAUCUGUCAGCUACUAUAAAGUACAAAGUAAUCAUUAAACAUUAAUGCUGUCCUAUCUGUUCACAUGAGGUAAAGAUACCCUAUCUCCCAAAGAAUACUUAAUUUCCUUGUUUAGAAUUCAAGGAAAACAAGAGUGAGCUUAUCUUAGAACUGCUCUCCGGUAUAACUUACAUCUGUCAUAGAACAAGACAUUUCUUUGAAAGCCCAGAGUGUCUUUACCCCAGUCCUUUAAUUUGGUUGAGAAGAGAUAAUACAAGGGAAAUAGGAAAAAAAGAUGGCAAUGCAAUUUAAAGUACAGAAGAAUCACUGUAGUUAAUGAGAAGAGUCAAGUUAACCUGCUAGUUGAGGUAAUGGCUGUCUCAUCCUUAACUGACAAUUUGUGAUUGAAAUUGCUAAAGGGAUCAUAAGAAAUGACAAUGUUUCUCUAAAUCUUAACCACUGCCAUGAGGAUUCAGUGGAUAAGCGGUCUGGGGAGGAGGAGUACUUUUCUGCUCCCAGUAUUUUUUUUUUAAAUUGAGAUUUACAGUAGCUUUUCAUGGAGAAUUUUUUAUGGAAUACAGGAAAGGGAUCUUGACACCUAUCCUUAUAUAUUGUCAGUUUUUCUUAAACUGUCUAGUUUCUCAUCUGUUGCUUUUUUUAUUUUGUGUACUGUAAGUUCCCAAGCAACUCAAAUUUGCAAACACAACUAUGGAUACACUAUUUGCUUUACAGUAGUUACCUGGAAAUCUAGGUCUUUGUUUUUUUGUUAUUUUCUCCUCUCUCCACUUAAUCAUAUAUAACUAGCAACAUUUAUGGUUAUAGUUUGAUUUACAAGUUCUUAAGUUUGUGGCGGAAGGUUUGUAGCCUCUAAUCUGAGGCAAGGGAAGAAUGAGUGGUCAGAAACUGGUCACUCUGAAUGUGGGAGGGAAGAUAUUCACAACAAGAUUUUCUACCAUAAAGCAGUUUCCUACCUCUCGGCUAACACGAAUGUUAGAUGGCAGAGACCAAGAAUUCAAGAUGGAUGGUGGCCAGAUUUUUGUCGACAGAGAUGGUGUUUUAUUUAGUUUCAUCUUAGAUUUUUUGAGAACUCAACGGCUUAUAUUACCUACUGAUUUUUCAGACUAUCUUAGGCUUCAGAGAGAGGCUCUUUUCUAUGAACUUGAUCCUCUGGUUGAUCUCUUAAACCAAGAACUCCUGCUACAGCCAAGACCUGCUCUUGUGCAGGUGUAUUUCCUAAGCCGAAACACUCAAGCUUUUUUCAGGGUGUUUGGCUCUUGCAGCAAAACAAUUGAGAUGUUAACUGGGAGGAUUACAGUGUUUAUAGAGCAACCUUCAGCACCAACCUGGAGUAGUAACUGCUGCCCUCCUCAGAUGACCUUACUUCCACUGCCUCCACAAAGACCUUCUUACCAUGACCUGGUUUUCCAGUGUGGCUCGGACAGCAUUACUGAUAACCAAACUGGAGUCAGGUAUGUUUCUAUAAAACCUGAUAGUCGAAAAUUGGCCAAUGGAACUAAUGUUCUCGGCUUACUCAUUGACACUUUAUUAAUGGAAGGCUUCCAUCUGGUUGGUAAUAGAACAGUAUCCUCUGAAGACAAAACUGAAUGCUAUAGUUUUGAAAGGAUAAAAAGGCCUGAAGCUCUCGCCAUGAACAAAACUGUGAAACCAGAGGCUGCCAUCAUGCCAGGGCAAUCUCAGAAAAAGAAAUGAGUUUUUUGUUCUCUUUUAGAGUAAAGGGAAAUUGCCAUUUUCUUGUCUCCUGCCAUGCCAUCUCUGGGCAACCACACCUCAACAAUGCUUAAGCCACUCUAACUGCUUGCUGCUUUCUGAACAACACUGUGCACUUGGUGCUUUGCCACAUAUUCCUUCUACCUUCAAUGCCUCUUUCCAUUUCUCUUUUUCAUGAACAUUUAUAUAGCUUUCAAGAAUGGAUUCUGGAAUCAUGCUGAUUGAUUUCUAAUCCCAGCUUAAUCACUUAUUAGCUAGAUGGCUUGGGCAAGUCAUUUAACCUAUUUGUGCCUCAACUUCUUCAUCUAUCAAAUGGGGAUAAAAAUAUAUAUAUUUUAUAGGAUAUAUGAAAAUUAAAGGAGAUAAUAUACUCAACAUAUUUCCUGGGAUAUGGUAAGCACUCAGUAACUAUUAGUGAUGAUGAUGAUGAAGAUGGCUCCCUUUCCUCUGUAUGGACUUACACGCCAUUAUAAAAACAAAUUUUUCUCACUUGAA